AUGAAAUCUUCAAUAAUCAUUGCAAUUAUCUUUGGCUUAGUAACAUCAAUAACGCUAACACUCAUUGAAGGUUAUACCGUAUGGAUCCAGAACAAGGCAUUGCGUGGCACUACUACUUUGGCUGCAGCCACCCUUACUUACGAAAAAGAUGCCUGGAAUUGGACAGACGCCCCCGACAUCAACUCAGAAAGUGGAAUUGCUCAUCAAGGAUAUAGUUUGGAUAUCCCUAAUGAAAUAAAAUCAUAUUAUCUUGUUUUCUGGGUUUUCCUUUCUCUUAGACAAGAUAAAUGGCGCGGCCCUUUCAAUAAUGAUGGGGAUAAAUGUUGGCACUUUCAUGGUACUCAAGAUUUUUGGGAUGUAUAUCCAUGUCCGUAUUAA